AUGCACGCUUAUCAGAUCAAACAGAACUUGGAAAGCCUCGAUCAACUUUCAGGAUGUCUAACGCAGCUACCAGACCCCAAGCCAGCUGAGAAUCAGGUCCUAGUGGACGUCAAGUGUGCCGGAAUGAACUUUUUUGACACGCUUCAAGUUCGAGGACUUUAUCAAGACCAGCCACCCUUCCCGUUUAUUCCAGGAGCAGAGCUUUCCGGCGUGAUUUCACACAAUAGUCCGAUCCCCAAAGGAUGUCCCUUCGUUCCCGGUAAAACUAGAGUCUUUGGGUCGACCCAAGGCUGUUUUACCACCAAGGCAUGUGUCGCCUGGGACCAGUUGAUCGAAAUUCCUCCUGGAUUGGACUUCGAGCACUCGGCUGCGAUUUUUAUCACGUACCCGACCUCUUACGCCUCUUUAAUCAACCGAGGCAAAUUACAAAAAGGAGAAUGGUGUUUAGUACAUGCUGCUGCUGGUGGUGUAGGAAUCGCUGCUGUCCAAAUCGCUAAAGCCGUGGGAGCCAGGGUGAUUGCGACUGCCUCUUCACAAGAAAAGCUGGACUUCGUUCGCCAAUAUGGAGGACUAUCUGAUACAGAUUUCACAUUAGUCUAUGAUGAUACUCCGGCUUCGAGCGCAGGCGACGCAAAGAAGAAGUCUACCAUGUUGGAAUGGCAAGCUCAGGUGCUGAAAAUUACCAAAGGCAAAGGUGUUGACGUCGUCUUUGAUCCAGUGGGACUUCUCAAUAAAUCUCUAAAAGUUGCUGCAUGGGAUUGUAGGCUAGUGGUUGUUGGCUUUGCUGGAGGGCAAAUUGAUAAGAUCCCAGCCAACCUUCUAUUGUUGAAAAAUGCAACGGUGACAGGCAUCUUUUGGGGUGCCCAAGUGAAGAGGGAUCGAAAUGAAUCGGUCAAAGUAUGGGCAGCUCUACUGGAACUGAUCAGUCGAGGUCAAAUCCGACCAGUCUUGCACACGAAGAUUUAUAACGGGUUGGCAGAAUUGCCCCAAGGCUUGAAAGACUUGGGAUCGCGCAAGGUCCUCGCAAAAGCCAUCCUUCGCAUAGAAGCUGACCCCAAAUCCAAAUUAUAA